GCGGAGGAGGGAACACCACGGCAACCACGUUCUCAUCACAGAUCAGAAUCCCCAGUCCAGCUUUUUCUCAAAUUUUCCUCCUUUUCCCGAUAAGGGCGAGGCUUGGCGGACUGGGAGAAGAGGCAGCAGUCCCCGCAGCACCCGUGAGUCGUUGCUGAGUGCUGAAGUGCCUUUAAAUAUUGAGAUUUUAGUGAAAACCGUGCAGGCUGAGUCACCGCCGACAGCACAAUCAUCACCUUGUUUAUUUUGUGAAUUUGCUGUGAAAACUCGAAAGAAAACAUUUGAAAUCAUCUUGGCGUGGCGCUGAUCUCACUGAGCCGAGCCAAUCAAACGACCACCUCUGUUUGAGACCCUUGACGCAGCCCUAGUCACCAUCAGGGCCCGAGAUUAGAACCUUGAGAUUAAUGAAUUAUGCCUGAGCUCUCCGUCAAGACCACCGCCACCGCCGCCGCCCAGGUCGUUGCCUGAAGAGGGUCGUUAAGGGUGACCACACACACACACACAUACACACACACACACACACACAGACACACACACACACAAACCUAACCUAACACACACACACACACACACAAACCUAUCCUAUCCUAACACACACACACACACACACACACACACACACACACACACACACACACACACACACACACACACACACACACACACACACACACACACACACACACACACACACACACACAGAUGCGUGAGGGAUGAGCAGUAUUACGAAUGCACCACAACCUCAGGCGAUGACCAUACAGGUAAAUACGAGAGAGAGUGAGCCAACUUCCGGCCAGGUUUCUACGAGCGGGGGUGCCGUGCUGAAUCCUGAGGCUACAGUGUUUCAGCUUCCGCCCACCCAGCGCUCUCCUACCCACGCUGCCACGCCCACGCCAGCCCCCGCGCCCACCCAGUCACCCACGCCCACCCAUAUCAACGGCUUCCACAGUAACGUUCACCCCUUCAUGAAUGGGGACGUCGGCUUGGAGUGUUGUGGGGUGGUCUGCCCCGCCACACCAGAGGACGCCCCCGCCAGCGUAGGGGCUCCCGGGGGCGCCACGCUGCUGCAGGGGGAAGCUCUACCCAAGCCUGCCGCAGCUAAGGCUCUGAGUGGGGGUACAGAGGCCGCCCCGCCCCAGACGCCCCCCACAGCCCCGCCACAGCAGAAUGGGGAGGUGACGGCAGGUGGUUCCGCGGGGCAGGGCGCUGCGUCCCCCGCACCCUCGGCCCCAGCAGCCCCGCCGUCCCCCUCUCCAGCUUCCCCAACGCCAAUGGAGACGGGGCAGGCAGGGCGGAGGGAGGGUCUGGCCCCGGGGAGUGAGACGCAGGCCACACAGACAACCCCCACGCAGACACCCUCCCCCGCCAGCCCCCCCAGCAGCCCCCCUGGCACCCCGGCUGGCACCCCUGCACCGGGACAGCUAGCCCCGCCCCCACCGCCGCAGCAGCCACUCAGCAGGGAACAGAUUAAGCACCUUGUGGCUCAACAGGUCGAGUACUUCUUCUCCAGGGAGAAUUUAAGCAGCGACCCCUACCUGAUCUCCCAGAUGGAUAGCGACCAGUACGUCCCGGUUUACAUCCUGGCGAAUUGCACCCAGUUUAAGAACAUUACUAAGGACCACAGCAUUAUUGUAGAAGCACUUAAAGAGUCGCCCUUCGUUCAGCUGGACGAGGAGAGGAACAGGGUGCGACCUAACUACAAGAGGUGCAUUGUUAUUCUCAGGGAAAUUGCAGAGUCCACACCUGUUGAAGAGAUUGAGUCGGUGUUCAAGAGCGAGGAGUGCCCCAAGGUUGUGUCCUGCGAGUUUGUACACAAUUCCUCCUGGUACGUCACCUUUGAGAGCGACGAGGAUGCACAGAAGGCAUAUUGGUACCUCAGGGGAGUUGUUAAGACUUUCAAGGACAAGCCUAUAUUAGCCAGAAUCAAGACUAAACCGAUUUCUCGUCUGGGUUGUCUGUCUGUCCUCCCUUCCUACGGUGGCAAGGCUGGAGGGGGUGCGGAGGCCAAGGACGGACAGGGCAGUGGCACAGCUCCCCCUCCGCCCAGCCCUCCCCCAGUGCUGCGGCUGGGGGGAAGGAGUGGGGGCCCUGGUACGCCGGCCCCACCAGGAGGGUCGUACGCUUCUUCAGGAGGGGCUGGACGCUUCCUGUUCUCCACGCACCAGUCUGUGAAUCCUGGAUCUUAUACUUACACGUAUACCGCAGCCUCGAGCCACAUGCCUACUGCCUAUUUCUACCCGAAUGUGAUGCAAUGGACACCACCACCGGGAGGCUUCUACGACAUCAACAGCUUCUUACAGUUUAACGGGCUGUCACCACAGGGCACCUUCACCCCCCACAACCCAGGCCCCACCCUGCGCUACCCCCCAGCAGGAGGAACCCCAAACACCGCGACAACAACCGUUACGACAAGGAGAGCCGGCACAACACAAACAACAACAGCAACAACAACAACAACAGUGGACAGAACACCCAGGCACCACAUUACCAAAGACAGCACCACCACCACCACCGCCCACACCCCACGCCCUCCCCCUCACAGCCACACCCACCUCAACACAGGCCACCCAGCAGGGCCCCCCAUCAGCUGCCCCCACUCCUCCACCACCCGUCUCAUCUCAAAGUUUGGAAAGUUUUGCACAGAAUGAUAUUGCUUUAGCUAGUCAGAGUGGCCUGUACACCUCCUUCAGCCCCCCGCCACCGCUGACAAGGAGGUGGUGACUGUCUCUGCCACCCCUGCCACACCUGCUGCCUCGGGGGUGUCCAAACCUGCCUCCACACCCGUCACGUCCCCACCGCAGUCUCCCCCGCCAGCCGCACCCCCUGCCGCGCUCCAAGACGCUGUGGAGGGCCAGGCCACCACACCACAGCCACCUCAGCCACCUCUACCACCACCACACCUGCACCAGCCGCCACACAUACAUCCACGACACCACCACCACCACCACCACCAUCACCACCAGUUCCCUCCACCGCACCACCUACCCCAGGGGCUGCCGGGGCCGCCGCCGCCGCCGCCGCCACACCGCCAUGGGAACUACCCCCCAGACCACUUCCACCCACACCACCACCACCCUCCUCCACACCUCCACCAGCAGGGACCCAGGCCUGUCUUUGACGACAGGCACCCCUAUUACCACAGGCCCAGGAACCUCCGCCGCCGGCCCAGGGGCAGGGAGGACGAGGUGAUGGGCGGGCCAGGGCGGGGCGGGCCACCUCAGAGGGGCAACGGACCGCCCCACCAGCCCCCAGGAGGCACGGAUGCAGCCAAGCAGGGCCCCCCACACCGCAGGAAGGCACCCCAGCUCCCCCUCCACCUCCUCCACAGUUUGAUUUAGAGGCUGCAUCUUUUCCACCCCUGCCAAGUACAGACGAGCCAGCUGUGGUAGUGGUGGAGCGCCGCAGCACAGAGUCACUGCCCAGCGCGUGGGGCGACACACAGCGCUUCUCCGACGUCAUGAAGGGCAACCCAAAGCCUCGCCCCCCUCCCUCGGCGACGCCCCCUCUGACACCCCACCUACCCCCACCAGUGCCACCGCCACCCAGACACCCCCAACCACCACCGUCACCCCCACCAGUGCCACUGCAGUCCCCACUGUUCCACAGGUCACUCCAACUACCACUGCUGCAGCUACCACGGCACCUAGUCAGCCCACCACCUCCACCUCCACCACCACCAACACCACGCCACCCACAACCACCACCACCACCACCAGCACGCAGGCCCCACCCACCGCCCCGAGCACCACCACCACCACAGACGACCACAACCACCACCACCAACCACCGUCGACAACCACCACUGCCCCGACGCCCACCCCUGCCCCCGCCCCCAAGCCAGACCCCAGGCCAGCCCCGCGGGACCAAAGACCAAUAGAGCGUAGGCCUGUCGGGGCGGGGGCCGGGGCCAACAAUGGAGCAGCAAACGGGCCGAGAGAGAGGCGCGAAUUUCCGAGAGAAUAUCCACAGAGGGGCCAGGUGGGGCGAGAAUUUCGGGGUAACAGAGAUCCUGCGCUCCGGACAGGCAAGGAGAACCGCCCGCUCCGCCCCAGGGAGGAGAAGAUGGAUGCAGAUGGAUGGAUCACUAAGGGGUCGAGGGAGAGCCGCGCACAGAGAGAGAGCAGAGAGCAGUGGGAGAGGGAGAGUCGUCGGCUGCCCCUCGCCACCACAACAAUAAUAAUAAUAACAACAACAACAACAACAGUCAUCACCAUUUUCAUCACCACAAUCAUCACUAUCUUGUCAACGGAGAUUCUGCCUCACCACCCUCAUCGCCGAAGCCACAAAAGGGAGAGAGCAAGCUGGCCGAGGAGUGUGCGGAGGCAGCCAAAGGAGUCCCUGCCAGACCUCUCAACAACAAUGAUGGAGAGCACAAGACGACCUGGGCCAAGAUGGCACUGGCCUCCAAGGACCACAUGGAGAGACUGGCGGCAGAGCUAAAGGAGAAGGAGGAGCAGGAGAAGAUCAAGAAGCAGCGCCUCGCCACGCGGCCACAGCCCCGGCCUCAGGAGAAGGUGGUGACGCCCCGUGAGCGUGACGGCAAGAUGGUUCGCCGCGACGCCUUGCCCCGGGACCCCCGUGGGCUGCCUGGGGAGCGGGGCGGCCCCAUCCCCUUCCGGCCGAGGGACGCCGCCACGCCCAAGUCCCCCAAGUGAGGGGCCGGCGGUGCCCCGCCCUGCCCGCGCCUCCUCCAGUGCCUACGCUGUCCGCCGCCCCGUGUACAUAGCCGCCCCGCCGCCCCGGAUGCAAUGCUCCGCCGGGGCCGUGACAGACAGACAGACGACAACAGGCGACUGGUGCCAAACGUGGCCGCCCCGCUUACCUGUACAGUUGAGAGUUUAUUUUUUGACUACAGAAGUAGUUUGGGUGGCGCCCAACCCGCCCCACCCUGCCCCGCCCCGCCUCCGGGCCUCCCCGUGGCGGACAGACACACUGGCGGCGCCCGGCUGCCGCCGCCGCCGUCACCGCUGCUGCUGCUGCUGCAGUGUGGAGGACAAGUGUGGCUGAAUCAAAAGUGUUGGUCUGCCCCUCGGCCGCCCCGGUGCUAAGGCCCCGCCCCGCCCCUUACUUGGCUGUGACCCGGCGUGGCCCCGGAGGACCCCCGGUUGUGAGUGUGGGCACCCACGCUGCAGUGAACCCUUAGACUCAUGUUGUGGUGUGUGUGUGUGUGUGUACGUGUGUGUGCCCUCACCCGCCCCGCCCGGCACACACACACACACACGUACACACGCACACACAGACAAACACUCAGUGACAGUGUUGCCGCAGGUUGUACUUGGUUUUUUUAUUUUUUUUUUCUGCACGGUCAUCCCCGCCCUGCCCCGCCCCGCCCCCGUGUGUACAUAGUGGAGGGCUGGGGCUGUACAGUGUGUGUGUGUGCGUGUGUUUUGCGUGUGUACGCCAGGGACACGAGGGGACCCAGGCAGACAGUGCCCCGCCCCGCCCCGCCCCGCCGUGGACUGGCAGGCUGCAUGGUGGCUGUCAUUUCCUUGGUCUGGUCUGGUCUGCUGUGAGACGCUUUGGUGCGCUGGUGUCAGGCUUCCGUGUGUGUGCGUGUGCGCGCCGCGGGGCACCAAGAGUGCUGGCGUGGUGUGGGGGAGGCCGCCCGGCCCCUAACCACCCCCGAACUGCCCCGCCCCGCCCCGCCCCGAGUGCUACUUAACGACUUGCCAACUAUGCACGGGCUGGACUCACUGCCGCUACCCACCCCAUCCCCCCUGCCCCCGGCGGCCCUGGUGACUGCCCCGCCCCGCCCCGCCCCGCCCCGAGAGGGAACAAUAGGCCUUAGUAAUUUAUUGCAGCUGGUCCAAUCGCUGCAUCGCCGUUGUGCUGUUCCGUUGAUCACAGCUUGGUCGCUUGGCUGCCGCCGCUGCAGUGAGGGGCGGGGCGGGGCACACAGCCGGGGCACACAGGGGCUGGGCGGCAUUUGUGUACAUAUUGUUGGGGAGAAGCACAGCUGCAGUUUGUGUUAUUUAUUGUUUCCCUGGGGUGCUGCAGCCUGGCCUGGGGCGGGGCGGGGCGCGGCGGGGCACGGCGCAGCACGGCACCCCGGCACCCUGGCACUGCCCCCACUACAGUACAACACCACCACCACCACCACCACUACAACAUUCCCCCAACCUCCCUCACCACCUCCCCCCACCUGCCAGUCCUCCGUGCCCCACACCCCCACGACCACCAUAACUAACCCCCACCACCCACAACAUUCCCCAACCUCUCCUUUCACCUCCACCCCUACACUAAUUAACCCCCGCCCCCCACCCCCCCACAGCUCAGGAACAGUAGGGGGGCACCAGACUGCCACAGCUGCCCCGCCCUGCCCCAGCACUGCCCUGGCUGCCAGAUAUGCCCCUAUCAGUGUGUGUGCGUGUGUACAUGUGUGUUAGUGCUGUGCUGUGUAUGUGUGUGUGUGUAGGAGAGGCCUGUGUGCGUGUGUGUGUGUACGUGUGUGUGUGUGCGUGUGAUCUCAGCUGCUUGAGGCCCGCACAGCAGCAUUCAACCUAAUGAGUGAUUCUCGACGCUCUGACAGACAGAUGGACAGGCAGGAGGACACCCACCCCCGCCCCCCAGCCCCGUAACACCCCCAUUUGCACCUCCUGCCCCUCCCUGCUCCUCCACCACCCCCUCCUGACCUGCCUUGCCCUGCUGCGUCUUAAAACACCAUUUUCCUCGCUCAACACAAAAAACUCCUUUGGUUAAUUAUUAUUAUUAUUAUUAUUAUUAUUAUUAUUAUCUCAUCAUAAUUUCAUGUUUUUUUUUUUCAGUUUAGUUUGAAGAAAUAAAUUAGUAUGUGGUUUAUCAUUGUCUUUAUUUUCUUUUUUCUUUUUUGAUCUUUUCUUGCCUCAGUUGUUGGGGGAGACUGUCCACCCGUGACUGUGUGUGUGUGUGUGUGUGUGUGUGUGUGUGUGUGUGUGUGUGUGUGUGUGUGUGUGUGUGUGUGUGUGUGUGUGUGUGUGUGUGUGUGUGUGUGGCGUUGGCUGAAGCAGGUAGGGACACUUGGUAACACUGGUAGGCUCUCUCUCUCUCUCUCUCUCUCUCUCUCUCUCUCUCUCUCUCUCUCUCUCUCUCUCUCUCUCUCUCUCUCUCUCUCUCUCUCUCUCU